CUGGCCUCAAAUGAUCCUCCCACCCUGGCCUCCCCAAGUGCUAGGAUUAUAGGUGUGAGCCACCACACCUGGCCCAGUUUCCACUCUUCUGAUCUGAUCUAAUCUAAUCAGCAUCCAAAGUCUCCAUCUACAAAUACUAUCACAUUGCCUUAGGCUUCAUUGUGUUAGUGCUUCAAUCUGGGAAAUUUGAGGCAGACAGAAAUAUUUAGCCCAUAACAACAUGGGUCACAUUACUAGAGGGAACCCAGGUCAUGAUGAUAAUGUUAAUGUCAGGCGGGAAGGGGAGGGCAGUCUCAGACUUGGAUAUCUGGAUGGAUGCAGUUGAUGGCUCAAACAGAGGCAACAGAGAAAAAUGGCCCUGGGGAUAGCGUAUGAGAGGGUGACCUGGCAGGGGUUCACGGCUUCUGAGGGUUGUGUGAACAUGAAAUAGAUGUAGAAGCCCAGGAGUAAUUCAGAGAAGAUGAUGCCGAAGCCAGAGCCAAUGCUUGUUUAUUGCUCAGUGUACUCAUCAGGAUCUUAUCAUGACUCUUGUGUCCAGAAGUUUCAGUCAGGUGGGUGGAUCAGUUUAUGUGCAUAAGUAGUUAUCUGGGAGAGUCACUGAAACUUGAGUAGAGAGCCACUGGGGCAAGGAUUUGAAUGAAGGUUGGCAAGAGAGGAAGGCAGUUACUGUUAAAAGCAAUACAAAUUGGAAAGGGCUGUGCAUUUCUGACAUCUACCCGUGAUUCCGGAUGGCUGAAGUUGAAUGAAGGAACACAGUCAAGUUGGGAGGCUUCAGAGCAGGGUUUAGGGCUGCCCAUGACAGUGGGAGACAUCAGAGAUCUGGAUAAUACUGCAUUCUGUUCAAUUUUCAUGCACUUUCUGGAUGCCUUGUACUGAGUUACAUGCAGGAAGGCGGUCUCCUAUGGCACUUACUACACAGGAGAUGCCUGUGUUGUGGGAUCAGGCUAGAGGAGUCUGUACAAGUACAGUUGGUGAGAGAUGUGUGUUGGAAAUAGUGAUGUGCACAUGCAGAGAGAGUGUGAACUUAUGUUCUAAGGGCCUUGGCAUGGGUGAAGUGUGAACAUGAAUAUUGGUUGUGUUUGAAUGCCAUCUGGGGGAUUCUAGGGGACUUGCCUUAGAAAAGACAGUGAUUCCUUGCUUGCCAGGUUCAGAGGUUUGCUCACCUUUCUGUUGUUGCUGAUUGAAGGAACAGUGUCCAGUGGGACUGUGAGGACAGAGUGGUCAUCUGUGGCCAUCACUGGCACCUGUUAUAUUCUGGGAGGUGGGGAGGUGGGGAGGAGGAUGAACUUGGGAAGGAUAUAUAGGGUGAUCAACUUGAGGUCCUGAGAGAGACACUGAUGAUGAAUGAACUGUUUCCAUCAUAGCAGGGUUUUGUGACCUUUGAGGACGUGGCCAUUUACUUCUCCCUGGAGGAGUGGGCCCUCCUUGAUGAAACUCAGAGGCAACUGUACCACGAUGUAAUGCUGGAGAACUUGGCACUCAUAGCAUCGCAAGGGCCUGCAUGUCACAGGUCCCACAUAGUUACACAACUGGAAUUGGGGUUGGCCCUGGUUGCUUCAUAGGGUUGACAUAGCAAGAUACUUUAUGAGGAGGACUGACCCUGGAUGUUGGUAUGGAACAGCAGAUGACAAGGCACCUUCUGCACUGAGUGUUUUUAAAGGAUUGUCACAGGGCAGGACUCCAAAGGCAGGUCCAUCCAGCCAUAAAACUCAACCCUGUGAGGCUUGUAUCCCAGUCCUGAAGGAUACUGUUGACAUGGAUGAGUUGCAAGCUACAUCCUAUGGACAGAAAUUACACUUGGAUACGACAUCAAGAGGCUUCUGGUUGAGUGCAAACCUUUACUGGCUCCAGAAGCUUGAUAAUGGAGACAAAGUCUUAACAAUGGAUGUGGACCAAGACUCAUUGAACACAGGACUAUUCACACUGGAGAAAGACCUUAUGAGUGCAGUGAGUGUGGGAAAUCCUUUUGCCAAUUAUCUGUCCUCAUUCGACACCAAAGAGUUCACACUGGAGAAAGGCUUUAUGACUACAGUGAAUGUGGAAAAUCCUUUUGAGAAGGGAUUUGAGAAGAACUGCAGAUUUCAUGUGUCAGGGAAGCUGUUAAACUUUGAGGAGGUUGCAAAAGAAUUUUCAGCCACCUCAGGCCUUCUCCAGCAUCAGGCCAUUACCAACAGUGAGAGGCCACAGGGCAGUAGACACUACAGAGUUCCCACCAGAAGAAAGCCUUCCAAGUGUAUCGAAUCUGUGAAAUCUUUUAGUAAGAAAUCUGUACUUACUCAACACCAAACUGUUCACAUUAGAGAAAGGCCUCAUGACUGCAGCGAGUGUGGGAAAUCAUUUCACCAGAAAUCUGUUCUCAUUCAACACAAGAAAGUUCACACUGGAAAAAGGCCUUAUGAAUGCAGUAAAUGUGGGAAAUGCUUCAGCCGAAGCUCUGCCCUUUUUCAGCAUCUGAGAGUUCACACUGGAGAACGGCCAUAUGAAUGCAGUGAAUGUGGAAAAUCCUUUUGCCACAGCACUAACCUCUAUCGUCACAGGAGAGCCCAUACUAGAGCAAGGCCUUAUGAGUGCAGUGAAUGUGGGAAAUCAUUUAGUUGCAAUACUUACCUCAUUCGCCACCAAAGGUUUCACAGUGGAGAAAGGCCUUACGAGUGCAGUGAAUGUGGGAAAUCAUUUAGCCAGAAAUCUGUACUCAUUCAACACCAGAGAGUUCACACUGGAGAAAGGCCUUAUGGGUGCAGUGAAUGUGGAAAAUUUUUUAGCCAUAGCUCUGGCCUCUUUCUACACAGGAGAGCUCACACUAGAGCAAGGCCUUAUGAGUGCAGUGAAUGUGGGAAAUCAUUUAGUUGCAAAACUGUCCUCAUUCGACACCAGACAGUUCAUAAUGGAGUAAGGCCUUAUGAGUGCAAUGAAUGUGGGAAAUCUUAUCGCCAGAAAUCUAUCCUCAUUCAACACCAGACAGUUCACACUGGGCAAAAGCCUUAUGAGUGUAGUGAAUGUGGGAAAUCCUAUAGCCAAAGCUCUGCCCUUCUUCAGCAUCUGAGAGUUCACACUGGAGAAAGGCCGUAUGAGUGCAGUGAAUGUGGGAAAUCUUUUACCCGCAAAAACUACUUCAUUGAACACAGGACUGUUCACACUGGAGAAAGACCUUAUGAGUGCAGUGAGUGCGGCAAAUCUUUUCGCCAGAUAUCUGCCCUCAUUCGACAUCAAAGGGUUCACACUGGAGAAAGGCCUUAUGACUGCAGUGAAUGUGGAAAAUCCUUUUGCCAGUUAUCUGUUCUCCUUCGACAUCAAAGAGUUCACACUGGAGAAAGGCCUUAUGAGUGCAGUGAAUGUGGGAAAUCUUUUAUUUACAAAUCUCACCUAAUGCGACACCAGAGAGUUCACACUAAUGAAAGAUCUUAUGAGUGCAGUGAAUGUGGGAAAUCCUUUAGCCAAAGCUCUGCCCUCCUUCUGCAUCUGGGAGUUCACACUGGAGAACGGCCAUAUGAAUGCAGCGAAUGUGGGAAAUCUUAUCGCCAGAAAUCUGUCCUCAUUCAACACAAGACAGUUCACACUGGAGAAAGGCCGUAUGAGUGCAGUGAAUGUGGGAAAUCUUUUACCCGCAAAAACUACCUCAUUGAACACAGGACCAUUCACACUGGGGAAAGACCUUACGAAUGCAGUGAGUGUGGCAAAUCUUUUCGCCAGAUAUCUGCCCUUAUUCGACAUCAAAGAGUUCACACUGGAGAAAGGCCUUAUGGCUGCAGUGAAUGUGAAAAAUCCUUUUGCCAGUUAUCUGUCCUCCUUCGACAUCAAAGAGUUCACACUGAAGAAGGCCUUAUGAGUGCAGUGAAUGUGGAAGAUCCUUUAUCUACAAAUCUCACCUAAUGCAGCAUGAGACAAUUCAUCACUAAUGAAAUGACUUAUGUAUGCAGUGAGUGUAGGAAAUCCUUCACCCAAAUCUGUGUCUUCUGCAUUGGGGAUUUCACACUGGAGAAAGGUCAUAUAAGUGCAGUGAAUAUGAGAAAUCCUAUCCCCAGAAAUCUGUCCUCAUUCAACUAAAGACAGUUCACGCUGGAGAAAGUCCUUAUUAGUUCAGUGAAUGUGGGAAAACCUUUAAUUGAAGCUGUGGCCUCUUUUUAAUACAGGAGGGUUCAUGUGCAGUGAAUAUGGCAAAAUUUUUUGUUAUAUUUAACAAUGAAGAGUUUCUAUAGGACAGAGGCCUCAUAUAUGCAAUGAAAGUGUUUUUUGUUUCCCAGUAUGCUGACACUUUGAGAAUAGCCUUCUUCUUAUUGCAGUCUUACAUAUCUGAGGAUAUAUGGAUUUCUGUAAGUUUGCGGCAUAUGAGAAGCAUGUGUAGCCAUGUUGUGGUCUCUCAACCUUCCAGUGAUCUUUCCAGAUUCAUUUCAUUGUUAGCUUCUGUGGCUGAAGCCAUUUCAUCUCUACCACCUGGCAGAUCCACAGAGUAUACAUCAGUUACCACACCAAAGUGCUCAGGAAGGCAGACUUGUUGUAUUUGUUGGAGGAAAUCUUGAGUAACCUGAGCUCUUAGGCAGUUCUCAUUUCCUCUUAUCUCAUUAUUUAUUGUAUAGACCACCCCAGUUUUGGCCCUGGCACCUGAUCUGAGUUCUGCUGGAGGCCUGCAGAGAUGGACUGCCUUUUUCAGGGACAUUGUUUCUUCUGAUGAAGUUUUUCAGUUUCUAAGUCACUAAACCAGGAACUGCCUAUUGCACGUUUUACUGUCUUGUGCAACAAUAAAGGGCCUUCAAAGUUGGAAGUUUUAUUCACUGUGAAGUAGUUUGAUAGGAUAAUAGGGCUUUACUAGUUUAAAGGAGUAAAUAACUUUUGUGAAGGUCCAGACUUUGUAUGCCCCAGCGGGACAGCAUUGUGAAAAUAGAGCUCUCACUACAUUUUUGCCUAGUUUGCAUUGUUACUAAGGCCUCCUGGGAGAGACUGUGGGGCUUUCUGCUCCUAAUUUUUUGCCCAGAUCCUAGAGGUCUGUGGGAUCAGAGGUCAGUCUGAGGAGGGGGCAGUUGUGAGAAUUUCCAUUGUUUCUGGAGACAGCUUGAAGUUUUUCUUGUUCAUUGGGGAGAUCACAUAAUUCCCUGCAAUGUUGAGAAUUCCUUAUUCAGAUCUGCAGUGGAGCUGUGUUUCUUGAAACCUGGAAUUCUGUAGUCUCAUCUCUCUAGCUAUAAAACUGCAGGGACCUGGCAGGGGGCCAUGGUUGAUUUAGAAACAUUGGGUUGAAUAAUAGGGAGUGAAGCAGACUGUGGUAAACUAGGUGGAAUGUUCCUUUUCUGAAGAUGUACCCACAAAUGUUCCAGUGACUGGCUCAGCAGGAUCAGCGUGUACAGAAAUCUCAGGGCCUUCAGGACUGUGUAUCUUUUAUACCUUAAGACAGAAAAAAUAAUCUAAGGGCAUUAUGAAUUCCUGUAGCCUUUCUGGCCUGUUUACCUCAAGGAUAUUGCUACACAGACAAUGAAAAUAGGAUGAAGAGAAGGGCAAUUGCUGUCCACAGAUAAUGGCUUUUGUGCUUCAGCCCCCAGUCUUAACUCAGUUGGAAACGGCUUUUAUUAUUCCCCUAUAUUUCCUGCCACUGAGGUAUGGCUGCUCCAACAAGGCAUGGGGAAUUAGAUGGUAGAGACAAUAAUGAUUUACAUAAGUGUAAACCCAUGAAGACAUCAAGGUACUCAAAAUAAUAAACCUAUCUCACCCACAUAUUUUCAUUGUGCCUUUCUAUAAUCUGUUCUUGGUCCUCCAGGCAACUUUUAAUUUAUAAUCAUUUACAAUUAAUAGCUUUGCAUUUUCUCAACUUUCCAAAUAGUAAUCAUAAAGUGUUUUUUCUUUAUUUUUUAUGGUUUUAUGCAUGCUACAUAAUUAGAGAUUCAUACAUGUUGCCUAUGUGCAGAUUUCAUUCUUCUGUGUAGCAUUUUCUUCUUAGGAUAUAAGAUUCUUUCUUUAUCUAUCCAUCUGCUUAUGGACAUUUGGGUUAUUUUCAAAGUUUAGCUAUUGCAAAUAAAGCAGCUGCAAAUAUUUGUGUGCAAUUCUUCCUAUAGAUGUUUGUUUUAUUUCUCUUAUACUAAUAACUCAGAAUGCAAUGUCUAAAUCAUGAUAUAGGCGAAUAUGUAACCUUUUCAGAAACUUCCAAACUAAACUAAAAUGCUGGUUCCUUUUUGCAUUUCUGCCAGGAGUGUGUGAGAAUUCAAUAUCUUUACUCCUUUGCGUAUACAUGGAAGGGUCAUUUUUUAAUGUUAAUUUUUAAAAAUAUGUUUGUCAUGGCAUCACACUGUUUUUGAAUGUAUUUCCCUUCGUACUCACCUUGUUGAGCAUUUUUAUCGUGUUUAUUUAUUAGCCUUAGGUAAUUCUUGAGGUAAAUGUGUAUCUAGCCUGUUUUUUUUUUUUUUU